UGUCCGAUUUAAAUUAGAAUUUUGUUAUUCUAUUUCGAGUGUGGUAAUAGAAAGAAAUAGUGUAAUUUUUUUCCGUAUUCACGCGGGCGAAGCGGUGGGCAAUCUAAUAAACCAUAAAUUUCAAAUAUAAUAUUAGCAUCAUAAAUAUCUUGUUGAUACAUUUUUUUUAUGAAUAAGGAUAACACAUAGCUAUUAAUAGUUACUGACAAUCCAGCGUGUCGUCAUUUGAGUUACAAAGCUUGGACAUUGAUGUUUAUACAUAUAUUUCCUGUAUUAUAUGGAACUGAACUGAAAAGUUAGUAAAUUAAACAAAACACAUAGUUAUAACAAUGUAAAAAACUUGAAAUGGAUUUGAAGUCUAUUGCCUGCGUCUUGAUCGCAUCCUCUGCACUACAGUUAUUGAGAGUAACCGAUGCGCAAAGCCAAUUUUCAGUACCUUCUGAAUGUGCUGAUGAUACAAUAUGCUUCCAAAACCGUCAAAAACAUUUGAACUAUCCACAAGAGGAGAUAGAUGAGAUUCUGCAAAAUAAUCCCGUUUUUAGUAAUUCAUAUGAUGAUUACGAUGAAGACGAGGAAGAAUUGGAGCUAUUGAACAACGAUAGCAAUGAUGAAGUAAACUGCAAGACAUACGUUACGUUGGAACCACCUUUCUUCGUAAAAGGCGAUAAGUGGUACCCUGUGGUACAAUCACGGUAUUUGACACAAAAUAUAAGAAAUGUUAGAUGCAGCCAUGAAGGUAGCCAGUGCUUUCAGAAUUUACUGCUGCAAGAUAAUAUUUACAAUGCUACAUGUGAGACGCAAAAAGGGAAAAUCGACAUUUAUGCUUACGACCAUACUAGUAAGGAAAUCAAACUUAUCCCGAUAGAGGUCAAUAUUAAUUGCAAAUGCACCGUUAGGGAUGUUCCUAAAGAAUAAAAAAAAAGCUAAAGAGAAAUUGAAUUCAGAAAUGUAUCUGGCUGAAAAUAAUACAACAUUUGUAUAAAGAACCAUAGAUGCUAAGUACCUAAUGCUAAUAAAACUCUGAUAUUAA